CCAUCUGCAAAAAAAAAAAGAAAAAAAAAAGAGAAGAUGGUGAUGAUGAUGGCUUCACCCAGUUUAGCCUCCGACUGCUCGGCAGCAAUGGCGAAGCCUUCCCUCCCCCUGAAGCUCUUCCUCUGGGUGUUUAUUGUCGCUAAUCUCCCCACAAGCUCCAUCCAGACUGAGGACGACGACGAGGUGUCUAACAAGACGUGGGUGCUGACUCCCAAAGUGUACGAGAGUGACGUCACACACAUCCUAAACAGCCUACUGGAUGGAUAUGACAACAAACUCAGACCUGACAUCGGAGUCAAACCGACAGUGAUCCACACAGACAUGUUUGUCAACAGCAUCGGCCCAGUGAAUGCCAUCAACAUGGAAUACACCAUCGACAUCUUUUUUGCCCAGACCUGGUACGACAGAAGGUUGAAGUUCAACAGCACGAUGAAGGUGCUGCGUCUCAACAGCAACAUGGUCGGGAAGAUCUGGAUCCCAGACACCUUUUUCCGCAACUCCAAGAAGGCAGACGCUCACUGGAUCACCACACCCAACCGCAUGCUCCGAAUCUGGAAUGACGGUCGAAUACUCUACACCCUCAGGUUGACCAUCGAUGCCGAGUGCCAGCUUAAACUGAACAACUUCCCAAUGGAUGAGCACUCAUGUCCCCUGGAGUUUUCAAGCUACGGCUACCCACGGGAGGAGAUUGUGUACAAGUGGAAAAGGAGCUCAGUGGAGGUUGGGGACAUUCGCUCCUGGAGGCUCUACCAGUUCUCCUUCGUGGGCCUGAGGAACACCUCUGAGAUCGUCAGGACCGUGUCAGGAGACUACGUGGUGCUGACCGUCUUCUUUGACCUGAGCAGGAGAAUGGGCUACUUCACCAUCCAGACCUACAUCCCAUGCACCCUGAUUGUCGUCCUCUCCUGGGUCUCAUUCUGGAUCAACAAGGACGCAGUGCCGGCCAGGACAUCAUUAGGCAUCACCACUGUGCUCACCAUGACCACGCUGAGUACUAUCGCCAGGAAAUCCCUACCAAAAGUCUCCUACGUGACCGCCAUGGACCUGUUUGUGUCCGUCUGCUUCAUCUUCGUCUUCGCUGCGCUCAUAGAGUAUGGCACACUGCACUACUUUGUCAGCAACAGGAAGCCGAGUGCCAAAAAGGACAAGAAGAAGAAAAACCCGCUACUCCGGCUAUUUUCCUCAAAGCAGACACCCACGGUAGACAUCCGUCCACGCUCGGCCACAGCCAUUCAAAUGAACAACGCCACGCACAUGCAGGAGCGAGACGAGGAGUACGGCUACGAGUGUCUGGACGGGAAGGACUGCACCAGCUUCUUCUGCUGCUUCGAAGACUGCCGCUCCGGAGCCUGGCGGCACGGCAGGUUGCACAUUCGCAUCGCCAAGAUAGACUCAUACGCACGCAUCUUCUUCCCCACUGCAUUCGGUCUCUUCAACCUGGUCUACUGGGUCUCCUAUCUCUAUCUCUAGGCCCCGGUGUGUAUCCGGCCUUAUCAUACACUUCAUCAUAUUAUACAUAUGCUUGGCGCCGGCAAAGGACGUUUUUAAGGAGGGGACCCACUUAAACACCAAUUGAUCUGAUGUGAAGCUUUUUCCUUUAAUUCUCGGGUUUUAAUCUCUUUACAUUAUUUUAUCUGAUAACUUUAACACAUAUUGCAACUGUUGUAGCAUUACAUUUCACUGGCAUGGAGAGGUUUGUCCGUGUUUGUUUGUUUUUUGAAAGAAAAAAAAAUGAUUGUGUGAGCAUUUAACAAGAAUCUAAAUUUUGUUUUCAUCAAUUUCCUCUAAGUGGGAUUUUGGCUACUUGAUUAAUUUGUAGGCAAAUACAAUCCUUUCACAAUGAAUAAUUAAAAUUAAUAGUAAUUCAGAUCACAUCAUACACCCAUCAGAAAAAUCUAAAUCAAAUAAUCUGUCUCAUCACUCAAUUUUCACACCCCCCCCCCCCCCCCCCCCCCCCCCCCAACAUACUAAAACACAAAAUCUGAAGCACUUUAAUAGAGCUAUGUUAGGCAGUGACAUUGAAAUUCAUUUUGAUAAUGCUAAUUUAUUUUUUAAUUUAUUCAGCUAACAUGUUAGCACAAUUAAAUAUUGCAUUUUUCACGUGUGGUCAGGCAGCGCUGCUGCUGUUUAAAUGCUAAACUGUACAGACACUGUAUAUAUUUUACUAUUACAUAGUGGUUUACAUUUAUUGCAUGCACAUUUCAGGCCAAAAAUCAACAUGUUUUAUGGUCUUCUAUUGUUGGAUAUGGAAACUAAUAAACGAGCACUGUUGAUAUUUAUUCAGGAUUCAAUUAUACCUUUUUUUUCUAGGAAAAUUGGAAAAUGAAAUGAUUAAAAAAAAUGUGCCCACUUCAUGCUUCUAAGUUGAGGAUGCAUAUUUGCAUACAAGUGGGAAGACCAGCCCCAGACAACUUGUCCAAUCAUUUUGUUCACAGCCAGUCGCUUACGGUGUAGACAACACUGACCUCUGAUCCUCUCCUCCAUUUGCUGUUACCAGUGUGCAUUUACAGAACUGCUGUUGUGUUCGGGGUUACGCAAGCUUUUUACAAAAUAAGCUGUACCGCAGCAAGUUAGGUUACAAAACGAAUCACCAACAGCAGGAGAGGGUGUUUUCUGUGUCAUUCUUUCUUUAAGACAGGAAACAGAAACUGAGAAAAUAUGAAUUGAUAACAAAUAAACUUGAGAGCUCAAUUCAAGUAAAACAUGUAUCUGAUGGUGUUAAGAACAAGCCUUAUCAUCAAGCGUCUCACUUCCUGUAUCCAAGAAAAGAAACACAUCGAGAAAUUAAAUAAUCACAUUGUGUUGAAAUCGAUUUGGGGAUUGGGCCGGAGUUCAUUAUUUUAAACUUUUUUUCCCCCCUUUAAAAUGUAUUUUGAAUGCCGUACUGUCGUGUGGAGAGAGCAGAGAACACAGUCAAUUGUAAAUGUUGUGUAUGAUAGAUACAACGCACAUGAAUUACAACCCCUUAUAUAUCACUUUUGAUAGACGCAGGUAUGCAACAAACGGAGACAGUGCUCAAGAUGAUUUGUAAACUGACAAGGAAUGGGUCUAAAUCACAUUGUUUGUUUUUUUUGUACAUAUAUUAUGAACAGAAGAAAAACAUUUGUCAGGCCCUUGGGAUUUUUGUAAAAGGGAAUAUAUUUUGUAAUCUCAGCAUAGUUACAGUAUAUCAUCAUACAGUAUAUUAGACUUAUUGUAUUAUGCUGGACUGAUCAUGUAGAAUACUUAGGGGGUAAUGGGGUAUUUAUUUAUCCAUUGGUGGUAUUUAUUUAUUUAUUCAUGUAUUUAUUCUGUUGAAAGAAAUUGUAUUUUAUGUUCAUAUAGCCCCUGAAAAGAAACACAGAAUGCUGUCAUUUAUAUCAAAGAAACAUUUUUGUUCGAUGUGUCAGUGGCGCUUGAACUUAUUUAUCUUGUGUUUUCUAUGUUGUGGUCAAUGUACACUACUCUCACAAACUGCCUGUCAAACUGUUAUAUCUGUUGAGUUAGUGAGUUGCAACAUUACCUGUUGUGCAGCUUCAGAAUAGUAGACUUCAAUAUUUUCAGGGGGGCGGAAAAAAACACAAAAAACAAUUCCCAAGCCACCAGAAGAAGAAAUUUUGCUUGUCUAAGUGACGAUUAAUUAUUUCCACUUUCUUUUCCCCCACCUCCACAUGGGUUGUCAUUGGUCUCUAAUAUUUGUCAUCAUUAAUAAAGCAUCAGUGAUAAUACUAUGUCACAUUUAGCAGAUUAUCUCAUAUUUCCUGGCGUUCUUUCCCUUUUGUAUUUAACGGUGGUCCUGUUUGUGUUCCAAAGCUGCCACUUAGUCGUCUAAACCCGUCUUCAGUGUGCACAUCUCUCACAUGUUUGGGGCCACGAGUUCGUCAAUAGCAGUGGUGUAGACCGGCCGUCAUCAGUGUUCAGUAGUUUAAAGAAGUGUAACAGAGUGAUUACAUUGUAUAAAGUGCCAAACUGACACAUGCAAUAGAGAAUAUCCAAUUAUAAUAUCAUUUUUAAAUCCACUUACUCUGCUUCGGGGGGGAAUGCAAUACAGCAAAUUUCUGCCACAUUGAUGUUCCCUUGGACACGGGUUUGCAAGUGGUCUGAGCAUGUCUAUUAUUUUUUCAUUUCAUUUAUUCAUUUUUAAUACAGUUCAGAACCAAAAGCAUGAAGUCGGUUGUUCAGAUGAUAAAAAAAAAAAGUUAAAUUCAGACUGUAUCAGACUCUAUUCACAAACCUAUCAUACUGAUAAUGGAGCAUGUCUUGUGUUUAGACAGUGAUGCAGAAAACAAUCGUACUUAAUGGAAUAUGAUUUUUCUUUUCUUUUUUCCACGAUGUUUAAAGCUUGUUUAGCAUCUGUUUAUUCUAUUUAUAUUUUUUGUGCACUCUAUUCUAAAUGCAGAGCUUUAACAGUGUGCGGAAGGUUAAGGAGUGUGUUUAUAUUCAGUAGUGUGAAGCUGAACAUGCUUUCAGUCAAACAGUGACGCUUUGAAGAAUUGGGACUAAUUCAAGCAUUGGACUUUUAUUACACUGUACUCAUUUUUGACAAAGUUAACUUGUUUCUUUUGGGGGCCCACAAAUGAGAGACAUGUAAACAUCACGUGUAGGUAUUUUAUAUUGUUAUGUAUUUUGUCAAAAUGCAGAAAACAUAGUAAUACGCAGUGGAAUUACAGAGCUCAGUAAGAGGUUUCCAAGAACAAAAUAAAUUUCAUAUGAUUCUCAUACACACAGUAUGUUAGUUGUUUGCCAUCUAUGUACAUUUGGGUAUUGCAAAGAAAAGAAAGAGGGGAGGGGGCACUGAUCAUUUCUGUUUGGGACUGCAUAAUAUAUUAUACAUGUACUGGAAAAAAAACCUUUUCAUAAGGGAAUUGCACAUAGCUGUGGAAUUUUACAAUAAAAUGGUUGCAUUUA